CGACCAACCAACCUGCCUUGAAGCGGCAUUUCACUCCAUAAAAGCUGUUUGAGUGGCAAUGGCGCAGCCCAAGGUGAGCGAGACGCUUCUGGACGGACAGAAGCCCUUUGCUGAAUGCGAGUUCGGCCUGGAUCGCCGCCUCACCAAGGCGGUGGCGAAGAUGCGCUUUGUGCAUGCCACGCUGGUGCAAGUGCACUGCAUCCCGCUGGCUCUGCAGGGCAAGGACUUGCUGGUUCGCGCUCGCACGGGCUCCGGUAAAACGGCGGCAUUUGCGUUGCCAUUGCUACACAAGAUUCUGCAGCACAAGCAAGACGCACCCGCCAGUGAACCGGCCGUGCGCGCACUGGUGCUAGUGCCCACCAAGGAGUUGGUGGAACAGACGCGCCGCCACAUGAUGGACCUCAUGUACUACUGCCAGGAUACAGUGAGUCUACUGGCACUAGGCGGUCAGAGCAUGAACGCGCAGCAAGCAUUGUUGCGUGACGCACCCGAUGUGCUGGUUGCUACGCCUGGCCGCCUCGUGGCUCAUCUAGAGGCUGGUAACCUCACGCUCAAGGACUCAGUGCAGACCGUCGUCAUUGAUGAAGCAGACCUGGUACUGUCUUUCGGAUACGGUGAGGACAUCCGCACCAUUUUCAACGCGCUGCCCAAGGCGUGUCAGACGUUCUGCAUGUCUGCCACGCUCAGUCCUGAGCUGGAGAAACUUAAGCGCUCCGUACUGCACAACCCCGCUGUCGUCAAGCUCGAGGAGGGAGCGACGGACGGGAAACUUCAACAGUUCUACUUGCCGGUCAAGGCUGCCGAUAAAGAUCUGCUGUUGUACGCUUUGCUGCGACUUGGCGUCGUGAGCGGCAAGGUCAUCUUUUUCGUCAACUCGACAGAUGCGGCCUACCGACUCAAGCUUUUCUUUGAGCAGUUCGUGAUCAAGAGCGCGGUACUGAACGCGAAGCUGCCACACAACUCACGCCAGCACAUUAUCGAGGAGUUCAACCGCGGUCUCUUCGACUAUCUGAUCGCUACGGACGACAGCGUGGAUCGCGACGAAGUUGGCGAUGAAGAUGAAGACGACGAGGAAGAGGAGCAAGAAGAGGAUGGUGAAGAGGAUGAAGCUGUAAGCGACGUAGAAGAAGAAGAAGACGUUGAGAAGUCGGAUGCUGAAUCUGAAGGUGACGAGGCCGACAGUGACAAGGAAGAGGAUGAUGACAGUGAGAAGGAGGACGAUGAAGCCAUGGACAGUGACAAGGAGACUUCUGAUAGUGAAGAGGACAGUGACAACGAUGAACAGCAGGAAAAGAAGACGGUUGGCGCGAAGCGUGGACGUGCUGACGACGAGAACUACGGUGUAUCGCGAGGUGUUGACUUCCGUGGUGUGCAGUUUGUUAUUAACGUGGACUUCCCGAAAAGUGUGCGUGCUUACACCCACCGCAUCGGACGUACUGCGCGUGGUGGUGCCUCUGGUACAGCCCUGUCGCUCGUGUGCAAGGAAGAUGCCAAGGAGGAGCGUGCGCUGAAGCGUGUGCAGGCUAAGCAGCAGGCUGUCCGCUCCGAGACAAAUGACGUUAUUGCUCAGCCUGCUGAGCUAGCCUUCGACCUCAAGGAAAUCGAUUGCUUCCGUUACCGUGUGGAAGACGUUCGUCGUGCUGUCACGCGCGUCGCUGUGCGCGAGGCUCAGUUGGCUGAUGUUAAGAAGGAGAUGCUCAACUCCGAGCGUCUGGCAGCACAUUUCCAGGCGAACCCGCGUGAUCUCAACAUGCUAGAGCAUGACAAGGUGGUGGGCUCUGCACCAGUACAGCCCCAUCUCGCGACGAUCCCGGACUACCUUGUGCCUGUCGAGCUGCAGCCACCGGCACCAGCACGCACCAAGAAGAAACACAACAAGCGCCAGCGUCUCGCCGACGGCAAGCGGCGUACGGACAAUGAUCCAUUGCACACGUUCGUAGCUCCUGACGCUGAAGACAAGAAACAGACUGUGGAGGACCGUAUCAGCUAUGGCAACAGCGGUGUGGGUAAGAGUACUGCUGGUCGUCAGAAAUGGAAGCAGCAGCACCGCAAGGGCCAUUUCAACCCCAAGACUAUCGCCAAGAAGAAGUACAAGAUGAGCAAGGGUGCCACUCAUUAACAAGCUGGAACUUUGGUGCUUCGGUACCAGGUAUCGGAGCGUUUGUUCCUGCUUUGCUUGCCAAAUAGAUACACAUUUUUUGCUUCACUUAUGAUGUCUGCG